AUGGGCCUGGUUGAUUUAAAAGCCUGUGUAGGCAACCCCUCUUCCGACCUAUCAGGCUCUGAUGGCUGUACAGACGCAGGGCAUACUGAGCUUGUUUCCAAGUCAGUGGUGGUCAGUUCCGCCUCUGAGGCUUACGUAGACAAGGAAGCAGCUCAUGUACAUAGCAACUUCAGUACCACCCUCGGUUCUGUCGGUACGGCCACCUCAUGUACUCCAAGCUACACUACUCUUAGCAACGAUUCUGCUGCCUCCUGUCCCAGCACCAAUGCCUGGCAGCCUCGCUCGCGACGCCGCCGAAAGCGGCUUGUCUCCGAUGACCCAGUCCGUCGUCUGCAAAUCCGAGAAACUGCUGGUACUGCUGGCAAUGCCUUGGGUUAUGGCGCACGCUGUAGCCCACUCGAUCUCAGUCAGCCACAACCCUGCUCCGCUUCCAUGAGUGCUCAUGCUCCAGGCCUGCAUCUCGAGGAACAGUCCCCUUCCCAAUCGACCAGCCUCCGAGCGUCGAUAGGGUCCCUGGCUAGCGAUUCCUCGCCCCCAACGACGGUAACUACGGCGUCACCUGCGCUUCCCAGUGGCGGUAGACUGAAUGAUACAGCUCUAAAGCCUUGUCUGGGCCCUACGGAUAGUGAGGAUGCCUCUGGAUUUCCGAUACCGCCCAUCCUAGGGUCUACCAGUCCGGAUGCAACCCCUCUAGUCUGGUCAUCCUGCUGCCUCGGCCAGAUCCCAGUGGCGACAUCCAUGCCAAGUCCGGCAUCCGGUCCAACUGAGGCUGGUUCUGAUGAUCCAGUCCAUUCAUGCGCAUCCUCAGCCAACGGAUUGGAGGAGCCCAUGUCCUCGUUCGGAUUGCUCCCGAUCACUUUGAUGGCUGGUCUCAUCUCUCAGCUUUUGGCUAGCUCCGGACAGGCUCUUGCUCUAAGGCCCCAACAGUCCUCCUCUAUGGUCCCUCCUCAUCUUUCUCCUAUGGCCCGGCAACAAAUCCUCUCACAACUUCAACAACAACAACAACAACAACAACAACAACAACAACAACAACAUCAGCAGCAUUUGCAGGCCAACACAAUUUUGGAAUUCUUACAUCAAGCCGGGCUCAUCCCGAACCCCCAACUCCUAAUUUCUUCACUUCCUGAGGGAUGUAAUCAUUUAAGCUCUCAGCAACAGCAGCAGCAGCAACAACAGCAACAGCAAAAUGUGCCUGCUUCACUUCCCAGCCAGACGUCAAAGGUGAUGCAACCGCCGGCACAAUCUCUCCAACUGCAGCCGCCGCUUUCGAACAAUGCUACCGGGCAGGCGUACUCUCAGCCUUCACACCCGUUGCUCGGCCUCUCGACUCUGGCGUUUUCUCGUCUUCCACAAUCACACCCACAGCCGCUUUCCACUUCUCCAAGUCUCGGAAUACCUUGCAUACACUCUGCUCCAGCUGGUCUCGACCUCUUGGCACAUCUACAAACCCUCGGACUUAGUUUGGCACCGGGGGCUCGACCAAUCUCGCCUGGGCUCGGCCUCAUUCUACCGACUCUAUCACAAGCGCCCAGUGCAACCAACACCAUCACUGUUUCCUCGGCUCCCGCAUCCACUGUAGUCACGACUGGGUCUAGCUCCAUCAUGGAUCCUAGUCAUGGUGACGUGGAUGGGCUACCAGCUGCCAGAAGAGGGGCAUCUGCUCCAUCUAUUCCCCUCCUACCAAGCCUGCCCUCGACGCCUUCGAUAAUGGCAUCUACUUUGGGUAAUGCUCUUCAGCUCGGUGUUGUUGGCUCAAGGCCCCGUAGUCCUACAGUCAAUUGUGAGCCUCCAUCCAGCUCGAGUGGCCAACUCAAUCGAAUCCCACCUUCUCAUAAACAUCAUCAUCAUCAUCAUUCACAACAACAACAGCACCAUCAUCACCAACAGCAACAACAAUUACUGCAACAACAGUCUCAGGUGCAUCGUCCCUACUUGUGUUCGUUCUGUCAAACUCGGUUUCAGGCGCUCAGUACUUUUCAGGUUUGUAUUCUAUCAAAGGGACAGGGAGACAUCUGGUCUAGGCAAAAUCUGAAGACUGCAGCAUUUCUUUGGGACACUUUUGCUUGUCUUUAG